AUGACUGAUGUUGCUCCAACUCCUUUCCCACUGAUCAAUCUACCUGAAAAAUCGAUUCGUUAUGUUCUUAAAAAUAUGAAGUUAAUCGACUUGAUUGGCUUCUCUUUUACAUCUGCAGUGGCUAAAAAUCAAACCGAACGUCUGGGUCUGAAUGCGAAAAGCAUGUAUGUUCAACUAUCAUGUGUCAUAAAUAUCAGCAUCUACCUACCUAAACGAUCUACGAAUUUCUACCUGCUAACGGACACCACUUUUUUGAGAUUCAUUGAUAGUCAAAAAACAAUUGAUACCACUCAGUGGAUUAAUCAAAAAGUUAAUGUUUCGCAGUUCAUUAGUCACAUUCUUGAAAUAUUUCACCGUCCAAAGGUGAAGCUUUCUUUACACAACACGAUACGUUGCGAGACUAUGAACAUUUUCGAAAUGUUUGCUGGAUUGGAUAUUGAAACUUUCCAAACUAUUUUUUACGGACAUUAUAAGACUAGUUUUUAUGAAAAAACAUUAAAAAUGUUUGCUCUUCAAUCUGAAGCUAUUCGUUUGAAUAAAUUGCCAUUCAAUGAUCCUAAGCAAAUUCAUUCAAUUGCUUGCCAAAAUCAUCGCUCUGCAACAAUAAGAUUAAUUACUGAUUUAUUGGCAUUUAAUGAUUUAUUGGCAUUUAAUCCGAAAUCACAAAUUAUGAGUGUUUCUUUGACAGAUGUAAACCUCUUCUUGAAACAUUGGAUUCACGGAUCCAACAGAAGAUUAGAGUUUUCUCGUUUUUAUCAUGGACGUCCUCAUUAUAGUAAUGACGAUUGUCGUAAAAUAAUCUUCAAGAAUGUGGAUUACUGUAUUGCACCCGUGGAAAGAGAAAUGUUGAUUCAAGAACCUGGAGAGUUGGAAAAAAGUGUCAUUGGAGGAUUUGAUAUUGUAUGUAUCGAUGGAAGAAAGGCAUCUAUCUUUGUAGAUCAGUCAAUGUCGGAAAUGAUUGUUUGGAGUUCGAAUCAGAUUCUUAAAUAA